CAAAAGCACGCGGUCGCGAAUGAAACUCAACGCAGACGGAGACCGAGCGUUCAUUCCUCCCGCUGCACAGAAAACACGAGCCGUUUUCCAGAGCGCCAAAAAGCAGGAGAAGAAGGAGCAGGAGACCAUGUGAAAAGCGUCUUCCAGGAGAUCUGCGUGCAGGACCAACUGAAAGUUUAGGCUCUGAGCAAGGAAUGUCUAUGGAGGAGAAGCCUGACACUCCCAUGUAUGUGUACGAGUCGACAGUGCAUUGUGCGAACAUCCUCCUGUGUCUGAAUGAGCAGCGGCAGCAGGACGUCCUGUGUGACGUGACUGUGCUGGUGGAGGGCAGGGAGAUCCGCGCUCACAGGGCAGUGCUCGCGGCCUGUAGCCAGUAUUUCUCCCUGCUGCUGCGGGGACCGACAGAACACGAGCCUCUCAUCAGCCUGCCAAUUAAGGUCACAGAAAAAGGCUUUGCCCCUCUGUUGCAGUUUGCAUACACAGCCAAGCUGCUCCUCAACCGGGACAACAUCCAAGAUGUCAUGCGCUGUGCUGAAUUCCUGGGAAUGCACAACCUCGAAGACUCCUGCUUCCGCUUCCUAGAAGGCCAGAUGAAGAGUGAGCUAGAUGGCAUCCACACCAGCCUGAGUCCCCCAUCAAAUCAAACCCUGCUCCAGAACCAUCAUAAUAAUAAAACAGAGGAUGCAAAAGUGCAGCUGAAGGACUCCAAACCACCACUGUUCGGAUCAAGGCUGCAUUCUGAGACUGAGCAAGUGAAAAUGCAUCAAUCCGACCAACCUCAGCCCUUUGACCUCCCUCGCUAUCCCAAAUAUAGGAAGUACCAUCAGGUUCACGCCAAGCACAACACAAGCACCUCUUCGCACAGCAGUACCUUAAGCUUACAAGGCUCCCUGCAGGACACUGUCACCAGCAGCAAUGCCCGAGGCCUGGAUCUCUCCAAGGUGAAAGCAGAACCAGCCAAUGGGGAAGUCUGUGUGCCGUUGGAUUUGUCCGAGUUGGAACAGGACGGUCUGGUCAGGGCUAAAGAAACUGAGAUGGACAUAGAAAUGGAGUUUGAUGGAAGGCAACUUAGUUCAACACCCAAUGAAUUCCCAGCAAGCAAACGAUCACCGGUGUGCCUGCGCUCCCUUGUUAAAAAGGAAGUCUCAUCUUCAGAUCAUUGUCUUUCCACUGAUCUGCAACUUUCCAGCAGAACUUCCCCAAUUCGGGAACAACAGGUUGUCGCAAUUCAGGAACAACUGGUUGACUUCCAAAAGCACUAUCAGGCUUUUGUUGGAGGACUCUCAUCAAAGCAAUUACCAGAUGGAGUGUCUCUCAAAUCGCUUUCCCUUGAGAGGAUUUGUUCACAAGAUCCUGAACAAGAGAGCGACAGAAAAAGUGUAAUCUUUUCUUCUCGAGGCCCCUACCAUUUGGCGCCCGCACAUUCAUAUCCUGAUGAGAGUUGUUUGGGGCAGGAGACUCCGGAAGACCUGUGGGCAGGAUCCAGCCAGUCGUUCCCCUGCUCCCAAACUCUGUCCCCAACUUCUGCCUCUCAAGACCCCCCUUUGCCCUAUCGCAGGCGCCCAAAGAGCAGUUGCCCGGUGCCCAUUAAAAUGUGCUCCCGUUCUACUCGUGCCGAGAGCCAUGUCAGAACCUCUAGCUCGUGCUCUUCCUACUCGUACGCUGAUGAUGGCAGUGGAGGCUCUCCUUCCAGCCUGCCCCAGUUCGAGCUCUCUACCUCUCCUUGUUCCACCAUGGCACGGUGCCUGGCCCUUGAACACCGGGAGAAUAGCACAUCGGGGCCACCAAAAAUCAAGUGCGAGAAGUCCUACGACACUAAUUCAAGUGAUGAGUCUGGAUCUUUUUCUGAUGGCGAUAGUGAGUCAUUUGCCACCAAAGAGCGCACACCAGAGGUGAAACUGCCUUUCUCAGUCGACCAGAUCACGGAGCUUCCCCGCAACGACUUCCAGCUGAUGAUAAAAAUGCACAAACUGAGCUCGGAUCAGCUAGACUUCAUCCACGACAUGAGACGCCGCAGUAAAAACCGUAUCGCAGCCCAGCGCUGCAGGAAAAGAAAGCUGGACUGCAUCCAGAACCUGGAGCGGGAGAUUCACAAACUGGUCUGCGAGAGACAGAAGCUCUUAACUGAACGCAGUCAGCUGAAAACCUGUAUGGGGGAGCUUUGGGAAAACUUCUCGUUUUUGUCUAAGGAGGUCUGCAAAGAGGAACAGCGCACUCCUCGAUCACAGUAUAAUCCACACACAGACCCAGUUUUGUCAGGUACAGAGCUUCAAAUCUCCCUCAUUCCUAACAGUAAAGACAUAUCAGACUUCCAGAACCCAACCCAACCGCCACAUUUACACCUAAGAGCAAACAGAGACACAGUGCCGUCCCAGGAAAACACCGCCUCCGUCAGGUCUGAUCCCUCACAGACGGGCAGCGCCAGUGUCACCAUUGAUUUCUGCCAGGAAAUGAAAGAGAAGUGUACGACCGGAGAGCUGCCUGAGAGGAACUGAGUCUGGUAAACUGCAUUUGGAACGUUUAAUGUGAAUAUUGGUUCGAUAUUUUUUGUGUUAUUUUUUUUGGAAGUGUUACGUUUUGUUUGACUGUUCUGGGUCAUUCUGAAUCACUCGAGGUGUUUUUGUAUUUGUGUGCUGCAUAUGGAUAUGUUCUCAUACAUACGGUAUGGAGGCUUGCUUGAUGCUAUGGAAUUUUUAAAAGAAAUUAAAAGGUAAUUGCAACUUUUUAAUUUCAUAAUUCUGACUUUUUUACAUUACAGUUAAGAGUUUGUAGCAAA